GACCGUGUCUUCUUCGCCUCCCUACGCGGUUGUCUACCUGAAUCCAAGAAGAAGGAGCUGGCACUUCCUAAGGAGGGUCUGAUUAAUGCAACCUUCAAAACAAGCGCCUCUGCUGUCUAUCUGGAUAGUAGUUACGACAAAAAAGACUCUACUACAGGACCAUUAGAGACUACAUCCUUUAAUAAUCUAGCCCACCUCACAUUCCGUAAUAAGUAUGGGAUUAAGGUUGACUACAUGCCCAGUAGCGAC